CUCCAGCGAUCGUGUUGCGAGUUGGCGCGUUACUACGAGAACCGAGCGCACAAAAGCCGCCAACCGUUACCGCACAUGGCUCAAAGUUGAUUGUGAGUUCGAUUCGAGAGGAUCAAUUCCGCGAACAAAGGUGCCGGCAGUUUAGUUCAGAAUCAGUUGACAAAAGUUAGUUGUGCAGUGAACUUGCAGAACUUGGAAAUCUAUUUUAUUACUUCUAACCAAGAACGAUAAACAAUGGCGUACCGAUUCGUUUUCGUGUCACUGACCCUGGCUGCACUGUGCGCAGCUCCGGUUUUGUCCUUUUCGGCUGGAGCACCGACAGAUGCCUGCGGGGACAUGAUCCCUCAGCAUCAUACCGACCCACAAAAAUCGGCAGCACCGUACAAAAUUAAUUUGGCCAAAAAACAAAUCAAGUCCGGCGAAGGAGUCACCGUUACUGUGCAGGGAAACAGCGCCAAGGACACAAUCAAAGGACUACUCUGCCAGGCUCGCGUCGGCGAAACGCCAGUAGGAUCAUUCGAUGUACCACCGAACAACAGCUUCAUUCAAACCAUUGACUGCGGUAAAUCGAAACGGUCGGCUGUUACUCACAAGAAAAUCACCACUGCCCCGAACAGCAUCUCCUUCAACUGGGUCGCCCCACGAGGCCUGAGCGAGAAUGUCCGGAUGACUUGUACCAUCGCCCUGAACGGUGGCGUUUUCUGGGUGAAAGAGCAGUCAACCGACCUUAAGGUCAACUAAGCUGGACUAGACGAAACGUUUUCGAAAAGCCUAGCUACACUAAAUUUUGUUUUAUGUCAUUGUACUGUUCGACAGACGUAUUGUGAAGACUAUGUUCAUUGUAUGUGAAAUUGUUUUUUUUCUCCUGACAGUUUUCAAAGAAAAUGUUAGUUACUAAGAGACAAUAAAAUUUAUCCUAUGUAUAAAAAAAUCAAA